GAUCCUGGUUUGCUCGCGAUAACUCCAUUCUAAAACAGUGGAAGGGUUUAUUGUUCCUCUUCGUUUAGUCGAUUUUUCCUUAUCCUCGGGUUCUGUACUUUAAUUACUCGGGCAGUGAAAUGGCUGGCGGGAAAGCGGGCAAGGACAGUGGCAAGGCUAAGGCAAAGGCCGUUUCCCGCUCACAGAGGGCCGGGCUGCAGUUCCCAGUUGGUCGUAUCCACAGACACUUGAAGACCCGCACCACAAGUCAUGGACGCGUCGGGGCCACGGCCGCUGUCUACAGUGCGGCCAUUCUCGAGUACCUCACAGCAGAAGUGUUGGAGUUGGCUGGUAACGCCUCCAAAGACUUGAAGGUGAAGCGUAUCACCCCGCGCCAUUUGCAGCUGGCCAUCCGCGGAGACGAGGAGUUGGACUCCCUGAUCAAGGCCACCAUCGCUGGUGGCGGUGUGAUUCCUCACAUCCAUAAGUCUCUGAUCGGUAAGAAGGGCCAGCAGAAGACUGUGUAAUACCAAGCCAGCCUAUCCAGACUGUUAAGCUCUCCUCUCUUCUCCUCGCCGGACUGUGACCACACCAGUUCAUCUUUCCCUCUUCUCCUUCCCAUUUUUUUUAAAUUAAUUAAUAUUAUGGCUAACGAUGAGUGUUAGAUUUUGUGUUUUAUUUUUUUCUUUCCCCAAAUUAUUAAUGGAGGGUUGGGUUGGGGGGGUUAGCGUUACUUUUGGAAAUGUGUGUAGAUUUCAUUGGGUGGGGGCGGGCAUCUUUGUGGCAGUGAAUUUGUUUUUGUUUUUUGAUUGGCCUGGCAUUUGAAAGUGUUUUAUACUGAACAAAGAAAGUGUUAAAGCCAUUUUAUACAAAACUGUAAA